GCGAAGUCAAGUAGUUAGUUACUUGAUUUCAACGGAUUCUGCUUUUGUGUCAGUUUCAUUGUGGGUGUAUCUGUUCGGCUGGGCUCUCUUUGCUUGUUUUUGUUAUGUCGAGAUUGGGGACACUGAGUUACUACGCUGACUCACACAUUCCACACGAGAAUGACGAUCAUUUGGCACCGAGGUUCUCAUCUGGACCCGUGGUCCAGCAGCAGGCUCGGGAACUGGCGCUACUUGAAUAUGGCGAACAGGAGCAGUACACUUUCCAAGCCAAAUCAUCAAUUUUUGGUGCGUCAUGGAGUCCCAUGCCCGUGCAGCCCCCAGGCACAUCUGUCGCCUACCACCCAUACAUUCAUCACCCAUGCUCAACAGGAGAAACCGAUGGAGCAUCCGUGCGUUCCUGGGCGUUAGAACCGCUGCCUGCCCUGUCUUUCACGGGAUUAUCCACAGAUACACACCAUGAUAUAAAACUUGAACCACUGGUUGGGAGUGGUGAGUGCACCACGCAUACAUUACUUGUGGCCGAGACUGACAACAAUACGACCCAAGCAGAGAGGAAGGUACCGGACGAUGCGCUUUCCAACGGAUCACAGGAUGAGAAAGCUCCAGCAGAAAGGAAGGCGGAUCUAGACCCAAAUAACCCUGCGUCCAACUGGCUGCAUGCGAAGUCCACUAGGAAAAAGCGCUGUCCAUACACUAAGCAUCAAACUCUUGAGCUGGAGAAAGAAUUUCUGUUUAAUAUGUACCUCUCACGCGACCGUAGAUAUGAACUGGCAAGACUCCUAAAUCUCACCGAGAGACAAAUCAAAAUUUGGUUCCAAAACCGUAGGAUGAAGAUGAAGAAAUGCAAUAAAGAUCGUCCAAAAGACAUUUAAAAAAUGGAAAACUAUAAAUGCACUCUGCAGUGGAUGAAGUUAUUUGGUUCGUGCGAAGGUGUUUGUGAAUUAGCCUUUUCCCUCAUGCACAACCACGGUAGAUUAUUAUUGAUAGCCUACAUUUUGUAAUGUUAGAUGUACAUUGCACAAACCUUUUAUCGAAGGGUAUGCUUGUAUAUAUUAUUGUGUCUUUGUAUACAGCUUGUAUGGUAAUAGUUCUCUUAUUUGGUUUCCUUGUUGUAGGUCUAGCAUUUCGCUUUCUGUAGGCCUACAUUUUAAAUGUUAAUUUUUUUUUAACGUUUUUAAAGCACCAGUUCACGAUUUCAGGGAAAUGGGUUCUGCGAUGUGAAAUGCUGAUGAUAUGCAUGAAUUUCAGAUUUUUUUUUUUAAUUCAAAAAUGA